UUACACGUCCGCAUCGAUGGCAGGCGAACGCGCAGUUGUUCUGUCUACUUAACCUGUUGGGUUAAGUAGACAACUUUUUAUUACAAGAAAUAUUUGUUAAAUUAAAAAAAUUCAAAAUUGAAAAGUUUAACUCGAGAAUGAUUUUAAGGGCGGAAGAUACGCUUGCGGUCGAAUUAGUUUUGAAGUUCCAACUACGCGAUGUCUGGCUUUGCGCCGCGUCUUGAGCUGCAAAUAAUAUUCAUAAAUGUUCUAAGCCUGGCCGGCAGCGCUGUAAAGUGGAGCUGGCUCAAGGACCGGCAGCUGGAGAAGAUCUCAAACUUCUCAAUUCCGCAAUCCGACAAGUUAGACGUGGCGGAUAUCGACUGGCUUAAGACGAUUCUAUCGUGGAUUGAAGAUGCGCGGUUUGUCAUCGAUCGCUUCUCGCUUCUCGCCUACGUGGCUAACAUCUACACGAUAGUGACGCGAAGCCGGCAGAACUUGCUCGUACUUUGGAUGCUGCUCAGCUUUCUUAAAGAUAUCGUUUUGGAAGUCAUCGUGAUUGUCAUUACUUUCCUGCAAUGGCACAAGGGAAGCUUCUCGACGAGGCUCCUCGUUGAGUUCAUCUUAAUGAAAACGGUGUAUCUGGCUAUCGUGACCUGCAAGUGGUACCCGACCAUCAAGUGGUACAUGAAGCUGCGAAACGUAACAAAAUUCCGCAGAUUCACGAUAAUCGCGCGGAGAAGUAUCGCGAGUAUCGCCAACAACAUACCAGGCAGAGUCGGUCGUUCCCUCGACGACGAGUGUCUCGACAUAGCGAUAAUCAGGCGAGACAAGUACGCGAGUCUGUUUAAUCUGGACAGGCAUUCCGAGGAAUUGUCCAGCAGAGCGAACGCGAAAUCCUUGACGACCCUGGUCACCGACGACACGAGCGACACGAGCGAUUACAAUUCCGACGUCAAUGACUUGAGCGUGGCUGAAAAAUCGAUGAGGAUGCUGAACGUAACCGCGGAGGAUGUGAUGGACGCGCGUGCCAGAAUACAGGAGCGAUCUUAUUGGGAGCAAGAAGUGAUUGCAAAGACACCUGAGAUGAUAGAAAAAUUAAUGAUGUUUUCUUUAGAAAAGAAUGGAAAAGAAAUGAUCGAUACAAUAAGAAAUGGACAGUCGGCGAAAGAUAACUUAGAGAAAACCGUGAAUCGUAUCUUGAAAAAAGAAGACAUUAUGGAGCAUCUUCCGAUGAAGAAAGGAGGGAAGAAAGAUAAUGAAGAAAAAAUGGUUUUGAUUGAUGAGAAAAAGCAGCCGAGAAAUCAGGAAGAUAUCUCGCUGCUAAAAAGCGAAGAUGUCACGUCUGACAAAGCGGUGAAGAAAGAAGGGCAAAAAAAUAAUGAAAAAAUUGUUCUAGUUGAUGAGAAAAAACAGAUUUUGAUGGAAAAUCAGGAAGAUGUUUCGUUGGUAAAAAGUGAAGAAAACGUUACAUUAGACAAAGUGGGUUAUGCGGGAUCUCAUAACAUUUCUGUGGAACUAAAGAAGAAAAGGAAAGAGAAAAAGGAAGGAGUCACAAAGAUUGUGCAGUGUCCUUCGUUCGAGAAUGAGAAUGCAAGAAACGUGGAGGCUAAGCCAUGUGCCUCCCUCGUGAGAAAAUUGAAAGCGAAACUCUGUCCCGUUCAAGUCAAUGUCAAUGUACAAUUAAUGUCAACUAAUGUCAACUGUUUAAACGUAAGUAAAAAAGAGCACUAUAAAAUCUCGAAAAUGUCAUGCAGGUGCCAUCGUGCUUUGCACAACAGUUCGAAAAAUGGGAAGCACGUGCAAUCAAUCGAUAUUGAUGGUAAAAAUGUUGAAUACGAUGGAAAAAAAUUUAGGUCUUUUACACCUAUCGUCAAUAUGCAGAGGAGUAAAAUUGACAAAUCCGCGUUCAGAUAUUCAGAAGCGUACCGUUUAAAGAAGCAAAUCCAAAAAUGGGAAGAAUCUCUUGGCAAACAGUACUGGGGAAGCAAGUCCUUAGCCGAAACUGCACGUCCCUCGGGAUAUGCAAAGAACAUCAUCGACGCGCCUGAUAAAUUGUCUAUUGUGAAUUGUCGUAAAAACAUUCAGACCGAAACUUGUGAUGGAUCGACAAUGCUGAGCGAUUCUUUGAGUGAGCGACAUAGAUUGAAAGGCGAUCAGAAUCAGACGCGAAGUAAACGAACGGCCGAUUUGCGUUUCGUUUACAAUACGGCGUCAUUUAGAGAAAAGAAUUACGCGGAGGCACAUGAAAUGAAGAUGAAAGCUUUGGAAACCAGUAAUUUUAUGUUGGAGAAUAAAAGAGAGACGAGAGCGAGUAAAAGGCACGAUCUGCUGCCGGCGAAUCGCAAACUGUCUAUCGAGCAGCGCGAAGCGGUAGAGCUGAAAGCUUUGAGAUCUUAUAACAAGCUUACUUUGCUGGAGGAUAAGAAAGAAUUAGAAGUGAGAAAGGAACGCGACUCGACGUUAAAUUGCGAACGAUUGGCGAAGAAAUUCGAAGUAUCGGAGACGAAAGUUUCGAAAACUUAUGACGAUCCCAUCUUACCGAAAGACAAAAAAGGGAUAGAAAAAACGAGAGGACAUAAUUUGUCGCCAAGUUUCCAGCGAUCGAUUGAUGAACGAAGUAUCUCGAGAGUUCGUGACGAGCUUACGCGGUCGGGAAGCAAGAGAGAGCCGCAGACUGGGAGAAAACGCGAUUCAUCGAGCGAUGAAACGCCAUCGGAAUGCGAAGAAGGUGUCGAGGCUCCAGCGAGCGUCUCUAAUCGCCUUUCAAUGGGUAACUGCGAGAAUGUCACGAUCCCCGCACGUCGGAACGCAAACAGCAGCUCCGGUGUGAACGAUCGUUGUAUCGCGAGACACGCGUACAUGUCGUUGAAUCUUAUGGAGAUCACGAGGAACAUCGAAUGGACCGUUCAUCCGCGUGGCAUUAUACUCACCAACAAGAAUCUGCACGGCCGACUCUUGGAGAACGAGAGAUUUCGCGAAAGCCGACAGCGCGACAUCGUCGACGACAACACCGUCAGCACGUUGCACAGCGCUUUCUUCUUCAAGCCCGAGAUCAUAACGCGGGUCUUCCGGCGCGCUCGCAGUCAGAGAAUCGACGAGUUCUUCUUCUCGGGUCUUCCGCUCCGGCGGGAGGACUUCAGCACGGAAUUCGUUUGUCGAGUGAGCAACGAAAUGGUCGUGCCCCAUCGGGACUCGUCGUUCGAUUGCAAUCUCGAGCGAACGAUGGGAAACGAUCGAAGCUAUCUUGGAGAUUCAGUGCUCUCCAAUUACGCUGACAGUCACGACACCGGAGGCGAACACGGCUACGAUCUGCGUAUAAUAUUCUUCGAUCGGGAAGAGAUACCGAGCGAAUCGCAAACCGCGAUGGAACAUUCGACGACCUUCGGAUCCCGGGAAGACGCGCGUUCCAGCAUCGAAAGUACUCGAAUGACGAAUAUUUUGGUAUUCGACGAAACUCACAAUCGCGUGGGCAACGCGAGCAACGAUAACUCGUCAGCUCGAUUGAUCACCGGUGUAGUAAGAAACCUCGAUGUCGAGAUGUCGGAGGGGAGUGUACGCGAGAUUGCGUUGUCGGGCGAAGAAGGUGUAAGUAAUGUGAAUGUAUAUAACAAUCCACAACCUCGAGAACUUAAUGCGGAUGAUAUAAACUCUGAAGAAGAAAAUAAUAAUGAGUGUGACGGGCUUUCUUCACAUAAAAAUGCGAAUAUUGAUGACACAAUCCACGAGAUUGAGCAGACUUUGAAUUCACGCGAUGAUUGUCUGGAAAAUGUAAACGUUACGUCGUAUGCUAGUUCGUUGGAAAAAUUAAAUAAUUCGAGAGAUAAAAAGUAUUUAAGCACAACCGAUAUUCAUUCUGAAAGUGAGGUAUGCGAGGAUAAUUUAUCCUUUAAAAGUACUAAUAAUAAUACGUCACAAUUAUCCGAUGAUAAUAAUGAACAAUUUGACGUGUUGAGUAAUGAAACUGAGAAAAGUAUGUUUAAUCGUCUCUUUGAGAAUUCUUUGAAAUUAUCUUUUCCCGGUACAUCGUCACUUAUUGAAUCAGAUAAUUGCCGUGCAUUAAAAUCAUGUGAUGAAGAGCUUCAAAGAUCGAUCCAGCUUUCAGAUAGCGCAACUACGUUGGAUGAUCAAAGAAACGAAUCGAUAUCGAAUUUAGAAGCUAGAAAUUAUGAUACAAUUGCACAAUUUCGGAGUGUCGAAACUUUAAAAUCAGAAACCACGAUACAAAAUGACGCAAGAAGCCAGAGACGUGUAAAUAGAGACGAAAAAGUAAAUGAAUUCCUGGCAGAAAAAAUUUUCAAGAUGCAUUCAGACGAUAAUCUCCAGCAAGACGAUAGUUUUUCCUUUAUGUAUGAGAGACAUGAUGAUCCAGGAACACCGGUUUCGUUGGAAGACGGCAGUGUGAUGGAGGAGUUUCUAAGCGAUCCCGUAUCGCCUUUAAACUCUUCUUUCUGUUAAACGAGAAAUUAAAACGCACAUUUUCAAUGACAGAAA